GACCUCCGUCACCUGCAGCUGGACUUCCGUGUGAACAAGAAGUUCCGCACCUUCACCGCCGUCCGUUGGUUUGGCACAAAGAUCAAUAACUCCACCAUCAACACGGCACUGUCGCACGUGCGCAACAUGUUCACGGGUGUGACAAAGGGCUUCCGCUUCAAGAUUCGAUUUGCCUACGCGCACUUUCCCAUCUCCGUCUCUGUGGAGAAUCAGCUUGUGGAGAUCCGCAACUUCCUUGGGGAGAAACGUGUUCGCCGGCAGCUCAUAUCCGAUAGCGUCAAGGUCUACCGCACAGACCCCUCCAUUGUGAAGGACGAACUUGUGCUGGAGGGCAAUGACCUGGAGGAAGUCUCGCGCGAGGCCGCCGUGAUGCAUCAGCUUUGCCUGGUGAAGAAGAAGGAUAUCCGUAAGUUCCUGGACGGUAUCUACGUGCAGACCAAGACCAACGUCGAGGCGGAGGAGUAG